AAACCCCAAGUUAGCCGACCAACCCAUCGCUUUCUUCCGACCCGAACCAAAAUUCCCCAAACCCUCUUCCCUCUCCUCGCCGUCGGCGGCGCCCCACGCUGCCAUGUCCGUCGACGACUGCAUAGUCCCUAUCCCUACCCCACUCUGCGAGGGCGCCCCACUCCUGAAAGCCGCUGCGCGAUGUGGCUCCCUCCCCUCCUUGUUCGAGCUCGAUCCUUACGCCACCGCCGCCGCCGAAUUGGGCGCGGCUUCGGCGUGGUGCGGGGACGCCGGCAAGGGAGGAUGCACAGUGGGAGAGCUCCCAGGGACGCGGUCGGUGCCGAAUCGCUACCAUCUGGCAAUUUCGUCUCGGGAUGAUCCUGGUGGUCACCGCCUCCGGCCGCUGAUACCGUCUCGGGAUGACUCUGGCCUCAACAACCUCCGGCCGCCGGCGCUCCCAAAGGAGAAUCAUCAUAACCAGGGCAGUGCAGAAGCCUUGUCUGCACUGUCGCUGCAGGAACUCAAAGAUGCUGUGACAAGGAAGCCAGAGCAGCGCUAUCCUUCUGAAGUUGCAGCCUCACGCACCGCACCAAGGGGGAGAUAUGCAAGGAGUAAUGCAGGUUGGGCAUCGAAGGGAAGGAGUACUCCUGAAGGCUACAACAGGGAGGAACAUACUUGGCGGUUUGAAUACCCUUACCUCCCAGGAACAAGCCCAAGCAGCAUGGUACGUGCGUAUAGAGCUAAUUUUAAAGCUCCAGUUGUGGUCCAUCCACCGAAAAAGAAGAAAUCUCCAGAGGAAAGGAAUGCGGCCUGAGAAAGAAAAAACAUGCAGAAUGAAAGGGCCUCACUGCAUGAUGUCCAGACAGCCUUGCAUAAAUAUAACAGAGCAAACAACACAAUGUUUGAGCUGGACGAGAUAACAGUGAAGUAUCUGUUUUUUGAGUUUGGCAGGGCUUGCUAUCAUUACAACUUCACAGCUAAACCUGACAACCAUCCCUCUGCUGGUGGCAGUAUUAAUCGUUUCUUCGCUGAUAUUAAUUGUCCUCUUGAGAUUAAGGAUGAUGUAUUGCUAUGCUGUAUUAUUGGGGAGAAAGAUGCAGGUCAAUGCCAUGCCUGCGAGGGUUAUCGGCCUACGAUGGUUCACCCGUCAAGUCGUGCGUAUGGUGGAGGUUAUACUACAGCUAUUGAUUAUCCUGAUGAGGACAGCUCAAGCUCAGAUAGUGACCACUAGUGUCUUGUGAGAGCUCCCUCGGUGCCUGUUAGCAUCUUGUGACAGCCGGAGUUAGCUCCAACAAUAGUGGCUAGGUUUGGCUAUGUUAAUGGUCCUCGAUUUUUCAGAGGUGUUUCCAAUGAAUUUGUUUCGGAAAUGAUUUCGUCCGAUCAUCCGAGACGAUCAGCUGUGGCGGAUGACGUGUGCCAGACUGCCACACGCUUGCAGCAAGCAACUGCACAAAUGUGAGCCUCCAGGCCGGUUCAUCCUGAGUGGACCAACAAACUCCAUCUCAUCCUGAGUGGCUUUGUUUCUUUGCGCAUCGUCAA